AUGAAAGUAACUCUUUCAUUAGAUGGUGAGAUGAAAAUACCUCUUUCAUCAGAUGGUGAGAUGAAAGCAACUCUUUCAUCAGAUGGUGAGAUGAAAGUAACUCUUUCAUCAGAUGGUGAGAUGAAAGCAACUCUUUCAUCAGAUGGUGAGAUGAAAGCAACUCUUUCAUCAGAUGGUGAGAUGAAAGUACCUCUUUCAUCAGAUGGUGAGAUCAAAGUAACUCUUUUAUCAGAUGGUGAGAUGAAAGCAACUCUUACAUCAGAUGGUGAGAUGAAAGUACCUCUUUCAUCAGAUGGUGAGAUGAAAGUAAUUCUUUCAUCAGAUGGUGAGAUGAAAGUACCUCUUUCAUCAGAUGGUGAGAUGAAAGCAACUCUUUCAUCAGAUGGUGAGAUGAAAGCAACUCUUUCUUCAGAUGGUGAGAUGAAAGUAACUCUUUCAUCAGAUGGUGAGAUGAAAGCAACUCUUUCAUCAGAUGGUGAGAUGAAAGUAACUCUUUCAUCAGAUGGUGAGAUGAAAGUACCUCUUUCAUCAGAUGGUGAGAUGAAAGUAUCUCUUUCAUCAGAUGGUGAGAUGAAAGUAACUCUUUCAUCAGAUGGUGAGAUGAAAGUACCUCUUUCAUCAAAUGGUGAGAUGAAAGUAAUUCUUUCAUCAGAUAGUGAGAUGAAAGUACCUCUUUCAUCAGAUGGUGAGAUGAAAGUAACUCUUUUAUCAGAUGGUGAGAUGAAAGUAACUCUUUCAUCAGAUGGUGAGAUGAAAGUACCUUUUUCAUCAGAUGGUGAGAUGAAAGUAACUCUUUCAUCAGAUGGUGAGAUCAAAGUGCCUGGUGUCCUCCGAUCCGCAGUGAGUUUCCCUGUCAUCGCCAGUGUGGGGCACGGGCUCAUUUUCCUCAUGUACUUGCCCCCCUUCCCCCUCCUCCCUCUGCUGGUCAGGGCCAAGGCUUUCGACCUUGACCUGGUGGGCCUGGUGUC